GGCACUAUGGAAUCGGUUGUCACUCAGGUGACUUGUUAUCAUUAAAUAUAUUCCAACAUAUACUCUAAUUUAAAUUAAAUAAUAUUAAUAUUUAAUAAUUUUUCCCUUCUUCCAUUCUAACCUAUCCAGUUUAAACUGCUUCAUCCUCUGCUUCUCCCACCACCGCUGCCAUAACUGACUCUGACUUCAAAAUCACUUUUCAAAUUUCAACAACCUUUAACUUCUACUUCUAUUAACACAGCCAAAAAUUAGGGUUUUAUUUUUCCCAAUUCUUCGUCUUUCAAAUCCCACCUCCACCGUAAAACCCUGUCAUUUCAACCAUGAAUUCAUCUUCAUUAGGUUCCUUCAUUCUCACACCAUCGCCACCCUGUAAACUCCACAAUCCCCGUUUUCAAACCAAACCUCAUGUCAAUUUCCACCAUCCCCUGAAACCAAAAUUCAAUUUUUCCACUUCUCUUAAAGCCACCGAAUCAUCAUCAAACACCAACACUCCAGUUUCAAUCCCUGAAGAAGACGCAUCUUAUGUCGCCGUUGAAGAGUUCAUCGACAAGGACUGGUCAGUUCUUGACUAUACUGGACCAAACACUGACCGCAUUAUAUCAUCCGGUAAAAUUGAUGAGAAUUCAAGGGUUUUGGUUUCAACUGGCUCUGAAGAGUUUGUUGAUUGUUUGGUUGAUUCUUCUAAAUUCAAGUCUUUGCUUGUUCUUCAUGACUCGCUUUUGAUAUUGGCUCUUCUUAUUGAGAAAUAUGAUAAUGUUAUGUGUUGGCAAGGAGAGGUUACUAUUGUUCCUGAGAAAUGGGCUCCUUUUGAUGCUGUGUUUCUUUAUUUUUUGCCUGCGUUGCCAUUCAAACUUGAGGAUAUUCUUGGCUCUUUGGCUCUAAAGUGUUCACCUGGUGGAAGGGUGAUAAUCAGUCAUCCUCAAGGGAGAGAAAUACUGAAACAGCAACGACAACAGUACCCGGAAGUAGUAGUUUCUGACCUUCCUGACAAAGCACAUUUACAAAGUGUUGCAGCUGCUUAUUCCUUUGAUGUGGCUGAAUUUGUGGAUGAACCUGGCUUUUACUUGGCUGUUUUGAUCUGCUCUAGGACUUAAAAUCCAUUUGUAUGGCCCUCUGGAAGUUAUUUUUCCUAAAAUCUAAAAUUUUGAGACUACUUUUUUAUGUAACAUUUUGCCUUUCAACUUGGAUGAUGCCACAAGCUUCAUACCAGUAUUGCAUAUUGCAAAUUAUGCUCUUCGUUUUCCAUAGAGGAUCUAAUAAACAAGAGCGACUAUUAGAGUGGAUCACCAACAUUGUCUAAACAAAAUCUGGUAGUAACUAUAGGAGUACUAUUCUCUAUUA